CCCUCGCUCGGGUGCGCGGGAGGCUAUGGCGUCCUCCUCCGUCCCGCCGGCCGCCGCACCCGCGGCCGCCGGGGGCCCCGGGCCGGCAUUCGGCUUCGCCUCCAAAACCAAGAAGAAACAUUUCGUGCAGCAGAAGGUGAAGGUGUUCCGGGCUGCCGACCCGCUGGUGGGCGUGUUCCUGUGGGGCGUCGCCCACUCGAUCAAUGAGCUCAGCCAGGUGCCUCCCCCAGUGAUGCUGCUGCCAGAUGAUUUUAAAGCUAGUUCCAAGAUCAAGGUCAACAAUCACCUUUUCCAUAGAGAAAAUCUACCUAGUCAUUUCAAGUUCAAGGAAUACUGCCCCCAAGUCUUCAGGAAUCUCCGUGAUCGAUUUGGCAUUGAUGAUCAGGAUUACUUGGUGUCCCUUACCCGGAGCCCCCCAAGUGAAAGUGAAGGCAGUGAUGGUCGCUUCCUUAUCUCCUAUGAUCGGACUCUGGUCAUCAAAGAAGUAUCCAGUGAGGACAUUGCUGACAUGCAUAGCAACCUCUCCAACUACCACCAGGUCAGGAACUGGGCAGAGCCGGAAGGCGAGGGGGCCGGGACGUGGGCGCGAACCAGGCCCGCACCUCCCCGCCCCGCGGACCGUCCGGAGCCGGGGGACACCCGGGCGGCGAGCAUCCGGGAGCAUCCGGGGCCGCCGCAGCCGGGCGCCAGGUGA